AUGGGAGAUAAGCUAGUAUAUCGUUCGCGGAUUGCUGUUACGCUACAGUACCAGUUCAAGGACUGUCGUUCUAUGGUUCAAACACAACAGAACAGUGAAAGUGAUUGCUCCCUCAGAGUGAAAUUGAGUGCGAUCGAUCCUCGUUCGCCGCUGUCUGCCUGUUCAGAGCAGCGAUCCGUCAGGCGAUCGCUAUUCGAGCUCAAAAUCACUUCGUAUUCCCGUCUAGUACGUUGGCGAGUUGACAGUUCGUUGCCAACUCCAAUUCUCGAUCGUGGCAGCGUUGUCAGAUUCAGCACAAGAUCUGAAUUUCGUGAGGCGAUCCGUCGAAGUUUGAGUGAGGGCAUGAGUCUACCCCGGCUGCCGAUCCUACCUGGCGCUCCACAAGUCCCUAUAGCGCCUUCGCCACCACAACCGGUGCAUGCAGUCAGUGUUCCUCCACCAUCCGCUCUUCGGGCCUCAUCACUCAGAUCUGACGAUGCUACAGCCUCUCAACCAAAAAAAUUGGAGGUGGUAUCGAAACAAGCGACGAAGGUUACAGCACUGUCUACCAAGUUGGAGUGGAAAAUUGAUCAAUUCGAGAAGUUGAUGAAACUGUUCAAGAAUGGCCAGAAUCUUAUAAGCAGACAAUUUGGGGUACCACAAGCACCAACGGUUUGCUGGGAGUUGCAUGUUUAUCCAAACGGAAAGCGAGAAGAAGAUAUGAACAAUGUUUCGUUCUUUCUUCGACAAGUUGGUCUGCAGCGCGGUGAAGAGCCAAUAAUGACGGAAUUCCAAAUAUACGCAUUAGAUGUAAGUUCUCAACGGGUUAGUGUAUGCCGAGAUACAAAGGAUUUUACUAAUCAACAGGGUCGUGGGAAAUUUCAGGUAUCACGUGAUAAAAUGACUGGCGCUUUACGUGCUGACGGUUCACUUUUGUUGAUUUGUGAGGUAGAAUAUUUCACACCAGGGUCGAAGAUUUCUGUGGAACCAGCCGAUGACGAGGAAUGCGCACUGGAGGAUGUCGAUGAAAAGGUGGAGCUGAGUAUACGAGAAAGCAAUAGAGAGAUGUGGGAGUCAGAGUUAUUCACGGAUUGUGUGAUUAAGGUAGGAAACAAGGAAAUAAAGGCUCAUCGGUGUGUACUUGGCCAACAUUCCCCAGUGUUCCGCUCCAUGUUCAAUAACGAAUCGAUGAUCGAAGCCAGAGAAGGAGUUAUUGACAUUCAAGAUGCGAAAUAUGAAUCGGUCCGAGCUAUGGUAGAAUUCAUGUAUACUGGCUCUAUGGAUACCGUUGACUCGAACUCGGUGGAUGAAGUUCUUGCGAUUGCAGACAAGUAUGAAGUGUUGCCAUUAAAGGAGCAGUGUGAACGGCUCAUCUCAAAUACUAUUAACCAGAAGAAUAUUACAUCUAUUGCUGUUUUUGCUGACACAUACAGCGCCGUCUUGUUGAAACAGGCUGUUAUUCGGUAUUUAACUGUUCAUCACAAGAACAUCAUACGUACACCUGAAUGGCGAGCAAUGAAAAAGGAUCGUUACGAGCUGGCCAACGAGCUGUUGGAAGCAGUUCUAUCGGCUUCUGGUGAUGUUGACGAGGAUACAAUGACCAGUUCCAGCAAAGGUCCUGCUAGGAAGAGAGUUCGCCGGUGUGUCAGCACAAAACAAUGA